AGAUCAUGAUGAAGUUUAAAAAUAUAAAAAAAAAAAUGAAUUAUUUAAUAAUUUUUUAGUAUCAAUUCAGUGUAUCAUUGAAGAGUUCAAGAUAUAGCUAUUGUCGAUUACGACAGCAAGUGCAAAGCAGUGGAGGGCUUGAACCCGGUGUGUUGUAUAUAUCAACUGACUUCAAGGCUUCUGUAGUUCAUUCCAACUCAACUCAUUGAGUUUCAAGUAGUAGCGCCAGUUUUUUUUUUGUAUUUAAAAUUAAUUCUUCAAGUAAUUUUACAAUGGCAAAGGAUAAUUUAACAGCUGUUUUGUAUGGCAUCAAUGAUAUAAGACUGGAACAAACAGCUAUUGAGGAACCAGCUGAUGGUGAGGUUCUUUUGGCAAUGUCAUGUGUUGGAAUUUGUGGCUCUGAUGUUCAUUAUUUAGUAAAUGGAAGAAUUGGUGAUUUUAUUGUAGAAAAACCAAUGAUAAUUGGUCAUGAAUCUGCUGGUAUUGUUGCAAAGAUUGGAAAUAAUGUUAAAAAUUUAAAGGUAGGUGAUAGAGUUGCUAUUGAACCUGGUGUAUCAUGUAGAACAUGUCAUUUUUGUAAAGAAGGUCGUUAUAAUUUAUGCAAAGAUAUGGUAUUUUGUGCAACACCACCAAUCCAUGGAAGUCUUCGUCGUUUUUACAAACACGCUGCUGAUUUUUGUUUCAAAUUACCAGAUCAUGUUACAAUGGAAGAAGGUGCACUUUUAGAGCCACUUUCAGUUGGUGUACAUGCUUGUAAACGAGCAGGAGUUGGUAUUGGAUCAAAAGUCUUGAUCCUUGGAGCUGGACCAAUUGGUCUUGUUACAUUACUUGUUGCUAAAGCUAUGGGUGCUAGUAUGGUUGUGAUAACUGAUCUCGUUCAGUCAAGAUUAGAUGUUGCAAAACAACUUGGUGCUGAUGAUACAUUUUUAGUUCCACGUGAUGCGACUGAAGAAAAAAUUGUUGAAAGUAUACAUGGAUUAUUUAAUGGAGAACCUGAUAAAACAAUUGAUGCUUCUGGUGCUCAAUCAACUAUUCGUACUGCUAUUCUUGCAACAAAGGCAGGUGGUACUGCUGUUUUGGUAGGAAUGGGAGCACCUGAAGUAAAAAUACCUCUAAUUAAUGCUCUCAUACGUGAGGUUGAUAUAAGAGGUGUAUUUCGUUAUGCAAAUGACUAUCCUGAUGCAUUGGAUCUUGUUGCUUCUGGUAAAGUCAAUGUAAAACCAUUAAUAACACACAAUUUUAAAAUUCAAAAUACUGUUGAUGCAUUUGAAAUGGCAAAAUCAACUACAAAUGGUGCAAUCAAAGUUAUGAUUCAUUGUGAAUAAUGGAAAUUCAUUUGAAAAUUUUAAUUGACAUGUUGAACAUUAAUUAAUCAUUAUUUAAAUUAAUCUGAUUAUUUAUAUAAAGAGUUGUUUAUUUUUUUAAAUUCUAUUUUUGAUAGAAUAAAAUAAUUUAUAUUACUUCAUUGUUUAUUUUUCUUUCAAUAAAAUUCAGAGCAGUUGUUAAUUUAUCACCAACUGAUAAAACAAAUGCUCAGUAUUACUACUGAUGUUACUCUAUCGAAAAAGUUUUUAAAACAAUAUAAAAUAAUUUCUAAUCAACUUGCUGUUAGUAAAUAGAAAAACCAAUUAAACAGUUGUAGUAAAAAAAAAUUAUUUCUAUUUGAUAAAAAUUUAAUACAAUCACGACAAGGUAAAAUAUAAAAAUUAUUAAUUUGUAAAUUGAAAUGUUAAUUUAUUAAUUUAAUUACAUUUCUAUUUUCAUUAACUAAUUUUUAUAAAUUCAUAUAAAAUAAUGAUAAUGAAAAUAAAAUAUUCUACGUUAAUGUACAAAGUACAAUGGAUUUGUGUAUUUAGAGAAUUGAGUGUUCCAAUCAACCACAAGUAUUAUGAAUUUUUUAAAAUACAAAUAUUCUAUGAUAUCGCUUCCAUCUGUUACCAUUGACUUUUGACAAUAGCACUGCAUGACUUUGGUCUUUAUUAGCCUUCUCAUAUCCAAAACCACUCAAAUAUACUUGUCCAGUAUUUUAAAAUCUCAAGAGUAUUUUUUUUGUUUCUCCAAACAUUAAAUAACAACAACAACAAUAGUUUAAAAAAAAAAUAUUUUUAUUUUUCUUUAAAAUAAAAAUUAUUAUUUUUAAAUAAAACUAUAAAAAUUUAUAAAUAAUAAUAAUUAAUUAAUUUAAAUAUUUAUUAUAAAAAAAAAGAAAUUUAAUAAUUUACAAGUUUUUUUUUUUAUUUUUAAAAAAAUCUUUAAUUAAUCUAUUUAUUAUAAAAUAUUUUAUUUAAAUGAAAAAA